AUGGCCGGUUCACCACUCACUCUGUUUUUCUCUGCCAUUGCUGCGUUGGCUGUUGCGCUUUGGGUGGCAGCACAGACUGGCCCACAUUCGCCUUUCCAGCUGCCCUUCGUUUCUCGGCAGUGCCACGACGGCUCCUAUGCGACAUCGCCGUACUCUUCCAGCUGGAUCAGUUGGUGGAACAAGGACAGACAUGCAGCUUCAAUGAACGGUGCGCCGCUGGGCACCAACGCCAGAGGCCAGGGCGGCGGUGCCAUUGGCCAAGACUGGAAUGUCCUUUACCACCUCGGAGGCAACGGCCCAUGGGUUGAGAAAGUCGAUGGUGUUCUGGACGAAGGCAUCGCUGUGCCAGAGGGGUGCAACGUCGAGCAGGUGCACAUGAUGUCGCGACACCAUGAGCGAUACCCAACCCGUAAGGCUGGUAGCAAGCAACUCGACCUACUGAAUCGGAUUAAACAUAUGAACAUCACCUUGAAGGGUGAUCUUGAGUUCGUCAAUCGUUGGCAGUAUUUUACCCCCGACCCUCGGCGGGACUUUGAACAGCUUACAAGCACCGGCCCUUUCUCUGGAGUUCUCGGGGCGUUUACCACCGGCGUCCGCCUCCGCACUCGCUACCGUCACCUGCUGCCCUCGAGCGGCAAAACAAAUUUCUGGGCAGGAGACUCGUCCCGAGUCAUUGACACGGCCCGCUACUUCGCUGCUGGUUUCUUUGGGCUCGACUGGAAGGACCACUCCACUUUGCAUGUCAUCCCGGAAACGGCUGAGCUUGGCGCCGACACUCUUACCCCUGGCGACACAUGCCUCGCAUACAUCCAUGACCUGGGAUAUGGUCACGAUUAUGGCGCACGUAUGCUUGCAGAGUACCGUGCGACGUACCUAAGCAAGGUUCAAAAGCGGUUGCUGAAGCAGAACCCGGAUAUCAGCUUCACCGACACCGAGCUCUAUUCCAUGCAGGAAAUGUGCGGCUUUGAGACGACGGUGCAUGGAAGCAGCGCUUGGUGCGAUGUCUUCUCCAAGGACGAGUGGCUGAGCUUCGAAUAUGCUCGUGAUGUGAUCCACUUCUACCGUGCCGGGCCAGGAAACAGGUUUGGUGCUCUGAUGGGAUGGUUAUGGUUGAACGCCACGACGAAUCUCCUGCUCGAAGGGCCGUCUGCAGGGCCAUUCUUCUUCAGUUUUGUCCACGAUGGUGACAUUGUGCCGAUGCUGGCCGCGUUGGACAUCUUCCAUGACAACGAGGACUUGCCAAUCACGCGUCGAGCAGACGAUCGUGCCUGGAAAACUUCUCAAGUCACGCCAAUGGGCGGUCGCGUUACAUUCGAACGGCUGUCCUGUCCCUCGGGCAAGUCGGAAAGUGAAGCUUUGGCCCAGGCAUAUGUGCGCGUCAAUAUCAACGACGGCAUUGUACCGGUUCCCGGCUGCGACAGUGGUCCAGGUGGAAGCUGUCCUCUCCGGCUGUUUGCGGAGAAGAUCAAAAAUAGGGGCGUCGAAUUGGGAGACUACAGGGAGAAAUGUGGUCUUGGCGAGGACAUGCCGGACAGGAUCACGUUUCUGCACCAGUAG